UAUGUAGGUCUCCGUAUUUUACUAAUUUCUUCUUUAAGUCAUCACUUUUGCAAGGGAUCCAACCUUUCAUUCUGAGGGUGUGGAAGGAAGUUAAUGACUAUUAUGUGAUUCAGAAAAAUUCGGGAAAAACUAACACAGCGAAUAUUUCACUAUUUCUGCUCUUGAGUAACAGAGCCAAAUACCUAGAUUCCCACACCGCACGACUUGUGUUAAAUGAGAUGUAAGAAGUAUCUCAUUUAACACAAGUGACUAAUUGAAACGGACACAGAUAUGCAUAUAUCCAAUCAAGAAAAAUUUGGAUUUGAUCCCAGCUUCCGAUCCAUACUGUAGACAAAUCUUAAAACAUAAUCCCUUAAGAAAAUAUAGUAUAUUUGAAUCAUCAAUAGUCAUACCCAAAAUACCAUAAGUAGAAUAUGAAACUGGGUCAAGUAUCUAACAAAGGUGGUUGUAGCUAUUAGGUAUAUUAUGGAUUAUGACUCGCACAAUCAUUAGCUGGUGCUAUAGGUUUUCAGCGUUUGGUUUUCAAAGUUAGACCCAGUUUUUUUUUUGUAAACAAGAUGACCGCAUUUGAAAAAUAAAUACGCUGUAGAAAAAUAUAACUGAUCCUUCGUUAUACCCCAAUCUAACAUUACCUUCAGGUCCUCAACACAAGAAUUGGGGUUGUGCCAGAGCUCACGUACUUUGAAAUCUCUAAAUUUAUAAAACUAUUUAAACUAUGCAGCCUACGACACGAGACGUGCUGAAAUAUAUAUAAAUAUAACACAAGCCCACGGUUAUUGGACAUUUUUGGCAUUUUAGCAGCACUUUGAUAACCCGCCAAAGUGCAAUGAACUGCCGAACUUAAAAUUUAUUAUGAAAUCUAGUGAAACUCGUAUAAAACUGUGUGAUUCUGCUACCUAAUUAAUUAGCCGAGCUAUUUUUAGGGAGCUACUAAAAUUAAUAUUGAUUAUAAUUUCCUUCCACGCGGCACACAAAGGUAUGACUGUGUGGCUGUGUGGCUGUAUGGCUGUUUACCUAGGCAAGCCAACUGGAUUUAGCGCCAACGCAUUUCCAAAUUCAUUAACAAUUUUAAGCUGAAAAUAAAUAAAAAAUCAAUAAACAAACUAUUUCGAAUUUGAAUAUGCUAAUGUGAGCAUUAUUACUGUAACGAUCGAAUGUGUAUAAGUGUUUGUGAGUGUGCUGUUACACACCUAGUGCCAAAUGCUGUUGAACUCGAAACUGAAACCAUUUGCUAGAAAAAAUUAAAAAAAAAAUAUUGAAAAAAAUCUGAAAUGAAAUGAAGAUCGAAAUCAAUAAGAAACGAGGUGAGUGAAAUAUGCACAAAACGAAAGGCCAACCAGCCGUUGCUGUCAUUAUUGGAGACGCGCGGCGCGUUGCGGCAAGAUGCCCACAUACAGCGGACUCCGCUGCGCGCCGCACACACCAGCGCGCUUCUACCAUAUUGGAUAGAAUCAAUAAAAAAUAUGAUUGAAUUGUAAGAAAAAAAUAAUGAAAAUUAAAAAAAAAAAUAUAAAAAAAUAUCGGCAGCAACUGGCGCGGCAAGCGAACGAGUUGAACGUUGAACUGCGAACAAUGCAGUGAACCGAACGCGGUGGCGCGCGUAUAUAGACUUUAGUAUGGGGAGACUUGAAGCGCUAGGCAAAAAUAAAUAAAUAAAAAAAUAUAAAUAUAUUAAAAAAAUAAAUAUUGAAAAAUAGAUAAUAUAAACACGCAAUUAAAGUAAAUAAAUAAAUAGAAAGAGUAAAUUUCGCGAUCCACAAACGCGCCUGUGACACACUACGCGGCGGCAAUAAAGCAGUAAGUCGGCGAAAAUAGAUAGCAAUAAAAAAGAAAAUAAACAACGAAUAUAGUGGAAAGGCGCAAUGCAGAAGGAAUAUAAAAUAAACAAAAAAUAAAAACAAAAAACAACAACAACAAUACUUGAUUGCGACUGCAAGCCGCUAUUGUCUAGCGGCGGCAAACCAUAGAUCAGCGAGCGCUUUGCAUGGCGCGCACUCCAAAGCGCGAGCGCAAGUGCUUAGAAGAGCAAACACAGAGAGCGCUAAGCAUUGGAGCAUAAGAAAUCAUAAGUAAGCGUAAGUUGAAGCAACGCGCACCAACACACACACAAGCGCGCGGCAGCUUAAACGCGCAGCUCUGCUUUUGGAGACUUUCGAAGACGCGCCAGCUACGCGCGCGGCUUAGGCAAGCGCUGACUGCGCGCUAUAACAAAUCAAAUGUGGAGCGCUUUUCAAGACAUUAUUUUCGUAGUGCAACUGGUUAUAAGCGCAGCACUGACUCAUGCCAGCGCGCUGCGUCUACACAACGAACGUAAACAAACGCGCAACUAAGUGAUCGGCGCAGCGCAAGAGCGCCAACAAGUUUGGAGACUUGCUGCUGCUUGGCUGCCACAUAUGUAUGUAAGUGAGUGCGCGUGGAGCGCGUCUCCAAUGACUUGACUUGAGUUGACUCGAGACUGAGCGCGCCUGUUUUCUUUGACUUUAUGUAUGUGUGUGUGUGUUCAGUGGCGUCGUCGUACAGCACUUAAAGAUCGUUGCUGUUUUGAGCUUAGUUUCGGUUUGUAGCUGCUCGAUAAAGCACGACUUCGCGGAGAAAACGAAAAAGUUUUGCGCGUACAACAAGCAAAUACAACAAAAAUUGAAAUUGAAAAAAAAUCUGAAAAAAUGCAUGAAAGCAACUAUUGUUUCUAAGGUAGUGAAGGAAAAAAUUAUUAAAUAAAGUGUCUGGAGCUUAAAGCAAACGCGUGGUGUUAAAGAAAUGCAAAAUCAAAAAAAAAAAUUGUUUUGUGUUUGAAAGUGAAUUUGCCAAAGUGUUGGUAUGCAACAAUUAGCUAUUGUUGAUUUUCUUGCUUUUUCAAAUGCAACUAAUCAACGCCGUCAUCAGUGACGCCGUCGGUGCCGCGUAAUGCAAACAACUGUUUCCGUUUAACCUUAAUUCGCAGCAUCUAAACAGCAACCAACUGAGUUGUCAACAACCUUACAAUAAAAGUUACCAAAACUUGAAGAAGUAUUAAUUUAAAAAUAAAAAGGUGAUAUAUAAAAGUGAACUUGUGGAACAAAAAAAAAUAUUUUUACAAAAAAAAAACUUAAACACAAAAACAACGUUGAACGUUGAAAAUAGUUAUUUAAAUAACGAAAAUGGGCAACACCGCACCUACUGCGUGCUAAAACCUCAACAGAAUAAAUAUUAAAACUACCGAGACAAUCAACAAAACACAAACAUACACACUUGACUAAACCACCCCCCUCCCACGUGAACAAAAUGGAGUAUCUGCUGUUGAACGCUUUCGAGCAAAACUACUACAAUCACAUCAAGCAAUUUGAGCGCGUCGCCAAUGCUGCCGUGGCCGCACAGAACACGCUAGCGGCGCGCAAUCACCAUACGGCACAUACGUCCAACAACAACAAUAACAACACGACGAGCGCUUCAUCUACAACUUCCUCCAAUGCCAACUCACCUACAGCCUCCUCCUCCUCCUCGGCGGCUUCAUCGCUAUCCUCUUCACCAGCAUCAGCUGUGGGCAGCACCGCCACUGCAGCGCUGUGCGCCGUCAGUCCAACGGCGAGCAGGCACAGCAGCCACCAGCACCCAGUGCAAGCGAGCCUCGCGAAUGGCAAAAUAGCAGUAACAACAACAACACCAAAGCCAGCGUCACAGUCGCCGUUGACGGCACUGCAAACACAAGCGCCUUCGCCGCGCCAAAUGCCGCCGUUCUCCGCGGCGCAAGCAGCGGCCGCCGCGAUGGCCGCACAAUAUCACCUGCAACAAUUGCAACAUGAGCAGCAACAACAACAACAAUUUGCGCUCCAACGCGCGAGCGCACAGCAUGCGAAAGCGACAGCAACAACAACUGCAACUGCUACCACGGCGCUGGCGUCACCAUCAACAGCAGGAGCAGCGGCGGCGCAUAUGCAUUUGCAACACAUGUCGGGGGUCCCACUAACGCUGCCGUCACCAUCAGCGUCUCAUCUGCAGCAUUUGCAACAACAGCAACAGCAUCAUCAUCAUCAUCACCAUCUCCAACACCAACACCAGCACCACCAAGCGGAGCAGGCGCAUGCGCAUGCGCAAUUGUGGCACGCGCGCGAUCAGCAAAACAAUUCAAAUGUAGCGAAUAGUUUGUUUUGGCAACCGUGGCGUGAGCUGCAUCACCAUUUGUAUCAGCAACAACAGCAACAGCUGCAAAAAGAGGCGCGCAUUUCUUCCAAGGAACUGCCGACCGCGCGCUGGCGUCGUGAGCGUCGCUCCCGCGCCGGCGAAUACCCAACUAUGGGCAGCGGCGUAGCUAAUGCUGCUGCCAGCACCGCCUCAACAUCGAGCAGUCUGUCGCCCGCAGGCACACCACCACCGCCGGGCGUUUGCGCUGUCGGCCUAACAUCGCCCGUGAGCGCACAUCAUCAUGUUGCGGGCGUACCGCCACCAAUGUCCAUAAUGAUGGCCGCGGCCAUGCGUCCGCUCUGCGAGUCCACCAAUCGUCCAACGCCACCACCAUCGAAUUCCUCUGCAGCGGCUGCGGCAUAUCAGCAUCAAAGCGGCAUGGAGAGCCCCAUCGAUAUGUCGGUGUCAUCAUCGACGCUAAAGCAUCGUUCCUCACCACCACCGCCGUAUCGCGCGCCACUACCGGGUUCCACAUACGCGACCGCGCUUGUGCGUCCCAGCGUUAUUACGCAGGCACCAUCGAAACGUGAGCGGGAACGUGAACGCGGCGAACGCGAGCUAUUGGCGAAUCGCGAAAAUGAUAAUCGCAGUAGUGACUCCAUUUCAACAUGUGACACGGUGAUCGAUGAGCACUUCCGUCGCUCACUGGGUCCCAACUAUGCGGUGCUUUUUGGCAAAAAAUCACCCGGUCACAAUCCAACAACACCAUCGCCACAACCGAGCGCAGUUAGCAUGACAACAACAGCGGUCAUCAAUACGCCAACACCUACACCACCACCAACAGCGCAGCCAACUUUGUCAUCUACAUCAUCGUCGACGUCGUCACUGCCACUGUUGCAGCCACAGUCUUUGGUUGUGGCACACACAGCAGCGCCAGCCGGUUUGCCACCUUACCAUGCAACUGCCGGUGCACCACAAGCGCUCAUUUCACCAAAGCCAGCAGCAGUGUUGCUCUCCUCGGCCGCCAUUUAUGCGGCUGCUGCUGCAGCGCCGCCACCAUUAAAAGCCGAUCAGCUGGACCAUGUGAUGGCUGUCGAUUUACCGCCACCACAACAACAACCAUUGGCUUUGUCCACUACGCAGCGCAGCAAUACGCCGCCGCAACCAACAACACCCAAUGUGGAUGUUUGCGGGCCAGCAAUGCGUUCGCCACCGCUAUCACCAACAAACGCCGCCACAUUGCAUUCAACACCGCCACCACCAGCAUUCCCCGCGGCCACACUGCGUGGCUACGCCGCAAUGGAAGCACAUUCAACUAGUAGCUCACGCUCACCAGUGACAACAACACCGCAACAAUCACCAAAUUCAAUAACUGCAACACCGCCUGCGGUGUCUUCUUCUACGCCACCAACAACAACACAGCCGGCAACAACCGGCAGCGGCACUGCAACACCACCACCCAUAAUGCCGGCGAUUAUGCGCAUAAAAACCGAACCGGGUCUGGCGGCUACCAAUACGCCACCAGCUUCACCAACAUCGACCUCAUCGCCCACCAGCAUUACCGAGGUGACGGCCUCCGUGGAUGAUCACUUUGCCAAAGCGCUGGGUGACACAUGGAAGAAGUUGCAGGAGAACAAAGAGGUGCGCAAGUGAAAUAUAAGGUGCCGCAAGCGGCGAAAAAGAUUUGACUGCAUAAAUGAAGAGUGAGCAGCAGGUAACAGGCGUUGCCAGUGUAUGAGAAGUGUUUAAAAUUUGAAAAUGUUUAAGACAUGUAAACUUCAUGGAUAUAGCAUAAAAAAACUGUAAUUACAACUCUACAAUACUCUACAGUGUAAAAGUUUGCAAAAGUUGCAAGUGAAAAUGUGUAAUCCUUUAAAGAACGCUUCAAUUCUAACCUAUGACAUAAAUAUUAAAAAAGAACUAUGUGCUCUUAGCAAAGCACAU